UACAAUUCUUCAGUUAGCUGUGAAAUUUAAUUCGGUAAACAUGGAAAUAAAAGUGCUAAUUGUGCUGCUUGCUACUUUUGGCACAACAUUAUCGCAAUCAAUUAGCUGUGAUUAUAGUAUUUUAGAACUUGAGCAUACUCAGCAUUAUGUUUGCAAUUUAAGGAUCGAUAAUCCAAAUGGAUUAAAUAAUUUCACUCAAGUUGGUGGACUUCAUUUCCCAGGAUUAAAUAAUGUCUUUGUGACAGCAAUUGUCAGAGUGCAUGGAUCGGAAACUAGAAAUAUUCCGGAAGUGCUGUGCGAGCAAUUUCCUCAUGUGACUUACAUGGACUUGUCAGUUAUUGGAAUUGAAACUAUCGAUGAAAAUGCAUUCAGACGAUGCAGAAAUUUAAAUUGGGUUUCACUUUACAGCAACAGAAUUUCACGAAUGCCUGAAAGUACAUUCAGCUUGAAUAGACAUUUAGAAUAUAUUGAUCUUCAAUUUAAUCAGUUAACAGCUAUUCCUGAAAAUCUUUUUGCAAAUCAUUUGGCUCUUGAGCUUUUAAAUUUAGGAUUUAAUCCAUUGACUCAGCCAAUUCCAGCAAAUGCUUUCCGUAAUUUAUUCAACUUAAGACAAUUGCACUUAGAGAGAACCAAUUUACGAGAAAUCAAUCCAGCUUGGUUCCAGAACAUGAUUAAUCUUGAAUCCUUGCUCUUGUACAGCAACCAGCUUACUUCAAUUCCAUCAAGAGCUUUUGCUUCUUUAUCUCAACUUUUGUUACUUGAUUUGGGAUCAAAUCAGAUCUCUAACGUAGCUGCUGACGGUCUUGAUAACUUGGACCAUUUAGUAGUUUUAAGUUUUGAAGCUAACAGGCUGACAACUCUAAAUCAUCAAUGGUUCCAAGACAAAACACAUUUGGAAAUUCUUUUUUUGGAUUACAACUCAAUUGAGCUCCUUCCACCAGGCAUUUUUGCUCCAUUAAGGUCACUUGUGGAUCUUAAUAUGUUGAGAAAUAACAUAAGGACAGUAAAUCGUAAUGCUUUUGGAUCUUUGGAACGCAUUUGGUAUAUUGAUUUCGAUCACAACAAUAUCAAUGCUUUUGAUGAAAGAUUGUUGACAGAACCUACAAGAUUAUACUAUUUGCAAUUGACUGACAAUGUCUGUGCUAGUGCAACAUUUGCAAACUUUACAAAUAUCCGACCAGACGUCAUUAGCGCUCUUGAGAGAUGUACGAAUAAUUUUAGAUUUGUUAUCGAAUCAACAACUCAGCCAGGCAGCAACUAUAACUUCUUCAAUGGAAUAACACCCGGCAUGCAAUUCAUGGUUUCUUCAGACUCUGAUGUAAGGAUUGCAUUGACAUCGUUUGACAUUGUUUGGAAUCCAAUUAUCGAGGUUGUUAUAAGCAACGGUGUAUCAAGAAUUAUUAUGAAUCAAGAAACAGAAGUCGCUGCUGUACCGACGAGUUUUAUGCUGAUACCAGGUCAAUGGAGCAGAUUUAGAGUUACAUGGAUGAGAAAUGUAGUUAUGGUGUUUGAGGGAGAUGACGACUUUCCAUUUAUGGCUUAUACUAUGCAGUUCUUGUUCCCUGUUCAUUUCUAUGGAUUGAGAUCGGAUUGUGACUAUGAAUUGAGGGGUGAAAAUUAUGUGUGCUACCUGCAUGUGGAUAAUCCAAAUGGAUUUGAUAAUUUUACAAGAAUUGAAGGAAAUCAUCUACCAGGAUUUACUGACAAUUCAGUCACAGCAAUUAUUAAAAUUAUUCUUAACUCAACAACUAGAAAUGUUCCUCAAAUAUUGUGUUCACAGUUUCCAAACACAAAUAUUAUAGACUUGACAAGUCUCAACAUAAAAGAAGUUGGUGAAAAUUCAUUCAGAGGAUGUAGAAGCUUAAAUUGGCUGAGACUUUAUGGAAAUUCAAUUUCUGAACUUCCUGAGAAUUUACUAAGUCUUAACAAUAGAUUAGAUUAUUUGGAUAUAGAACGUAAUUCUUUGGAGACAUUGCCUGAAAAUUUCCUAGAAAAUCAAUUAGAAAUUGAUAUAAUUCACACGGGAUUAAAUCCUUUAAAAAACCUUCCAGCAGGUCUUUUUAGAAAUUUGAGGAGACUUCGAAUACUUUACUUAAGAAAAGCAAAUUUGACAGCCUUAAAUCCAGCAUGGUUUGAAAAUUUAAUAAACCUUCAAAACCUCGAUUUGAGUAAAAAUCCAAUCGACCAAACCAUUCCAUCCAAUAUUUUCCAAAAUCUGCAUCGACUUGAAAGACUAAACAUUGAUACUUGUGGAAUUCCAACAUUUAAUCCAUUAUGGUUCCAAAAUCUGACAAAUCUUCGUUAUUUGUCUAUGUGGAGCAAUCAAUUGUCAACAAUUCCGUCAAACUCCUUUAUGAACUCACCUGGACUUAUUAAUAUUGACUUUGGAAACAAUAGAAUCAGAGAAAUAUCACCAAAUGCUUUUGCGAAUCUUGCAAAUCUCCAGACAUUAGGUCUUGAGUCUAAUCGACUGACUAGACUUCAUCCACGAUGGUUUGAUGAUAAACCAGUAUUAGAUUCAAUCUACUUCGACUAUAAUAAUCUCACAUCAGUUCCAGUUGGUGUCUUCUCACAGCUAUCAUCCCUUACAAGACUAGGCUUGUGGGGCAACAGGAUAAGGACCAUAAACCGAAAUUCAUUUGGAUCAUUGGAUAGAUUGACGUUUUUAGACUUGGAUGACAAUUUGAUAAAUUCUGUGGAUAAAUGGUUAUUGCAAGAAACUAGAAGUUUGAUGUAUUUUUAUUUUGAUGAUAAUGUCUGUGCCAGUGGAUGGUUCCUGAAUUUUGCAAAUAAUCGUGAAAUAUUUUUGAGAGAGUUUGAGGGAUGCAUGAGGAAUUUUGAGUUUGUGUCUGAAAGAAGCACAGAAGCUGGUAGCAAUUAUAACUUUAUUCGUGGGCUUAACCCUGGAAUGCAUGUCGAAGUUAAUUCAGAUGAGGAAGUGACGAUUUCAUUGACCUCAUUUGAUAUUGCCUGGAAUCCAAUGGUUGAAAUUGCGAUUAGUAAUCAGACAGUAAGGAUUAUUCGUAGUCAAGUCACACAAGCUGCUAUUGUUCCAAGUGAAGGAGUUUUCAGACCUGGUGCUUGGAAUAGCUACAGAAUUAUUUGGGCUAGAAAUAUUGUCUUGGUGUUCGAGAAUGAGGAUGAGUUCCCGUUCAUAGCUUACACGAUGGAAGAUCGAUUUGUAGUUAAUUUUAUAGGAUUAAGAUCACAACGAAGUCGAGCAUCAUGGGCUGUUGAACCAAUCCAGAUACCACAAAGAAAUUGAGACUUUAUACAAAGCUUCCAAACAUUUUCUUUAUCGAAUAAAGUAAAAUUAUAGCCGGA